CCAGCGUACGGUUGCCCCCGGGGGCGCAGCCAUGGCCGGCCGGGGUUGCGGCUGCAGCUGCGGCCCGGGCUACCUGAACGAGGACAACGCGCGCUUCCUGCUGCUCGCCGCGCUCAUCGUGCUCUACCUGCUGGGCGGCGCCGCCGUCUUCUCGGCGCUGGAGCUGGCGCACGAGCGCCAGGCCAAGCAGCGCUGGGAGGAGCGCCUGGCCAACUUCAGCCGCCGCCACAACCUGAGCCGCGACGAGCUGCGCGGCUUCCUUCGCCACUACGAGGAGGCCACCGAGGCCGGCAUCCGCGUGGACAGCGCCCGCCCGCGCUGGGACUUCACCGGCGCCUUCUACUUCGUGGGCACCGUCGUGUCCACCAUAGGGUUUGGGAUGACAACUCCGGCAACAGUAGGAGGGAAAAUCUUCCUGAUCUUUUAUGGCCUCAUUGGCUGUGCAAGCACCAUCUUGUUUUUCAACCUCUUCCUGGAGCGCCUGAUCACUGUCAUCGCCUACAUCAUGAAGUCGUGCCACCAGCGGCAGCUCCAGAGGCGAGGGGCCCUGCCCCAGGAGAGCCUGAAGAACCCGGGCGGGUGCGAGGUGGACAGCUUGGCCGGCUGGAAGCCCUCCGUGUACUACGUGAUGCUGAUCCUGUGCGUGGCCUCCCUCCUCAUCUCCUGCUGCGCGUCGGCCAUGUACACCUCCAUCGAAGGCUGGAGCUACUUUGACUCGCUCUACUUCUGCUUCGUGGCUUUCAGCACCAUUGGCUUCGGGGACCUUGUCAGCAGCCAGAACGCCCAGUAUGACAGCCAAGGCCUCUACCGCCUCGCCAACUUCGCGUUCAUCCUCAUGGGCGUCUGCUGCAUCUACUCCUUGUUCAAUGUCAUCUCCAUCCUCAUCAAACAGUCCGUGAACUGGAUCCUGAGGAAAAUGGACGGGGGGUGCUGCCGACAGUGCCAGAGGAGACUCCUGCGCUCACGGAGGAACGUGGUCAUGCCGGGCAAUGUCCAGAACCGGUGCAACAUCUCCAUAGACACGGACGGGGUGCUGGACAGCGACACGGACGCGCGGCGGCUCUCGGGGGAGAUGAUCUCCAUGAAGGACUUCUUGGCCGCCAACAAGGUCUCGCUGGCUAUCCUCCAGAAGCAGCUGUCGGAGACGGCCAACGGCUGCCCGGCCCAGGCCAGCGCACUGUCCCGGGACAAUGAGUUCUCAGGCGGGGUGGGGGCCUUUGCGAUCAUGAACAACAGGCUGGCGGAGACCAGUGGGGACAGGUAGGAGUGAGGAGCGGACACUGGACGUGGAGACCGGGAGCGUGGACGACGAGGGCCGGGUGGACCCUGCGGCUGUCCCGUUGCCCUCUGCAGGCCCAGCCUUAGGAAGCUCUUCUCCAAUGAACAGCCACCUUCCCGGGCUGCGGGCCAAGGCCUGAGGCCUUUCUCUUCCUCUUUAUUCUCUAAGGUCUGAAUCAGCCUUGAGAAUGAAUCACAAAAGCAGCCCAAGACCUUGCUUGGCUGUUUCUUUACCCAUCGUCCUCCAGGGUUUUAACCGCCUAAGGGAGGGAGGGCUUAAGUAAGCCUCCAUUUCCUGCUGCUCUGUUCUUCAUUUGGAAAUAAAAUAAUAAUAAAAAUCCCAAACGAAGAGGCUCCUCUUCCCCUGGACCCCUGAUUCUGUGAAUCCAGAUUCACUGCCCUUCCCAGCCCUUCAAACAAGCGGGAAGGUUGUUUCAUGCUGUGUCUGGGCCCUGGGCUUCCUUCAGAAGGGAUGUGUCCCCAUGCCGCCAAUAGGGAAGUCACCUGUUCUAGUCUCCGGGUCUUUCUCUGCUGUUUGUUUUUCCUUUCUUUUAUUUUUAAGAUACUAAUGCCGGGCUGAGCUGUCUGUGGGACCUCUGCGUGGUAAGAAAACUAAGUUCAGCUUCAGGAGACACACUUUUGCAAUGAAAGAAUAUAGCUUGAUGUUCUGCCUUCAAAGGGUCACAGAGGCCAUGUCUUUUUUUUUUUUUAACCAGGGCUUGGGGCCCAUUGCAGAGAUAAUGGCUAUUUAUUAGAACUGAAAAUUGAAUAAAUCUUCACUUUAUUAA